CGGCCCCGCGCUGGGCCGGUGCAGCCCGGGAGGCCCCCGCGAGCGGGAGGGGCGCCGCCCCCCUGCCGGCGGCGGCGCCGCAGAGGCGCGCGUUGGCGGCCCAGGCGGCCUUCCGCGAGGUCACGGCCCUGACGGAGGAGGAGGAGAUGCUCCGAGACUCCGUGGCCCAGUUCGCGAGGGAGGUGAUAUCCCCACGGACCCAGGCCAUGGACGAGGCCGGCCAGAUGGACGCCGACAUCAUACAGGCUUGCUUCGAGCAGGGCAUCAUGGGCGUCGAGGUGCCUACGGAGCACGGCGGCGUGGGGCUCGGCUUCACCGCCGCCUGCCUGGCCGUGGAAGAGAUCGCGAAGGUGGACGCAGCCGUGGCGGCCAUGAUUGACAUCCACAACACGCUUCUCGUCAGGGCCUUCAUGGAGUACGGCAACGAGGAGCAGCGCGAUACGUGGCUGCCGCGGCUCGCCAGCGACACGCUGGCGGCCUUCUGCAUCUCCGAGCCCGGCAGUGGCUCCGAUGCGUUCGCGCUGCAGACCCGUGCUGUUCGCGACGGCGACGACUGGGUCAUCGACGGAGGCAAGUGCUGGAUCUCCAAUGCGAUGGAGGCUGGAGUCUUCGUAGUGUUUGCAAACGCGGACCCGUCGAAGGGCCACAAGGGCAUUACGGCGUUCGUGGUAGAGAAGGGCAACCCUGGGCUGCAGAUCGGGAAGAAGGAGAACAAGCUCGGAAUCCGUGCCUCCUCCACCUGCGAGCUCGUGUUCGAGGGCAUGCGCGUGCCGGGGAACGCCGUGCUGGGUGAGGUGGGGCAGGGCUACAAGAUCGCCAUCAGCCUCCUCAACGAGGGGAGGAUCGGCAUCGCCGCCCAGAUGGUCGGGCUAGCCUCCGGGGCGUUCGACUACGCCAUGGGCUACAUGGUCACGAGGACGAAGCAGUUCGGCCAGGUCGUGGCGGACUUCCAGGGGAUGCAGUUCCAGUACGCGCGGGCCAGGAUGGAGAUCGAGGCGGCGCGCUGCCUGGUGUACAACGCCGCCCGCCUGAAGGAGAACGGGAAGCCGUUCGUGAUGGAGGCGGCCAUGGCCAAGCUGAAGGCUUCCGAGGUCGCGCAGAGCGUGACGUCCGAGGCUAUCGACUGGCUGGGCGGCGUCGGGUUCACCAAGGAGUUCCUGGCGGAGAAGUACUACCGCGACUCGAAGAUCGGCACCAUCUACGAAGGAGACGAACCAGCAACAUCCAGCUUGCCACCAUCGCGAAGGAGCUCCGGCGAGGCUACGACCGACGGUGCGGCGCCGCGCCCCAGCGCACCGACGAGGUUGGCGCAUGCAUCCGCCCGGCGGUCGGCCGUGCGACGAGCGCGCUCCUCCAGGGGACCCCGUACCCCCCCCCGGGGUCCCGAUGUGGAGAGCAGGCCCAGAUCGAGGACGUCCUGGAUCUGGGGUCGCCCUCAGCAGCGGGGACCGUGCUGUGCGUCUUCCUCCGGUGGCUUCGGGGGAAUCCGUCACUGUCUUCGGAGGGGGAGAUGGUGGAAAGACGGUCCCAGACACUUGCCGACUGCACACGACAGUGGCUGCGCGCGUUGCUAUUUGGAAGCCUGGCUGCCUCCACAGCGGUAGCUGGUGCAGACGCCCAGUCGAGUUGCCUGGGCGCCCCCUUCUCUUGGCCUGCGCGAUGUGAUCCUGGGAGGCGUGGAAGCAGCCGCGCCCGUGCGCUGGGCCCCUCUCCCCCUCGCGCUUCUGCUGCCCCUCCCCGUUGAUCCUCUCCAUCGUCCCCCUCCCUCCUUCUGUUUGGCGAGCGCUCGGGCGCUCAGCUGGCUCCCGGCUCCUGGGCCAACGGUGCACAAACGCGCCAGGCGAGGCAGCAGCAUGCGCCUGUUUUCGCCGCCGAAACACUGAUCCUCCUCCUCCUCGUUCUCCUCCACCUUCUCCUGUUCCUUCUGCUCCUCCUCAUCCCGGCCUCCCGCGAGGCAUCGCGGCCGGAAUGUUCCAGGCGCGUCUCGCGGGGCACCCGAGCGCUCUUCGUCACGGGCGGAAAAGGGCCACCCGGGCCCGACGGUUGGCGUUUGCGGAGCGGCCCAGGGCGUUUACUGAGCA